AUGGAAAAGGCAGACAUGCUGCGCACAGACAUUUCCUUUGACGAUAUGGAAAAGUCCCGCUCUCGGUUGCGCGAGUUGGUGCGUGCUGCGAUGAUGGUGCGAUACACGCUGAGUAUGAGCAGCAAUGACUGUGGAGGUCGAUCGGAGUACACGCACUUCUUCUCUGAUCUUCGUCAUGUGCUGGGCACGCCCUUGGCCAAGCAAGAAAUCCGCAAACAGAUCGGCGUCGUGCUCGGUAUCGUGGAGUCGCAAUACAUGGAGGAACAAAAGAAGAUCAAGAGAAGAGAGAUGGUGGCGCAAAUGGAGCAGCGCGUACGCAAGAAACAGGCUGACAAGAGAAAGGAGACCAAACGACGUCGCUUUGAGAUCGCUUUUGCCGCCAUCACGGCCAUCACGCUGCCGGUACAAUGGGACUUCUGGCCGUUGGCGGGCGGCAUUAUCAGCAUCAGCUUGCUGGUGGUGGUCCUUCUGCUCGUGUUGUGGUGGUUCGCCUUCCGCAACAAGAGCAAGGCCAAGGCCAAGAACAAACAGCUCAAGGAGAGCCUUUCGAAACUGCCACGCAAAGGCACACAGCUGGUACGCAAGAGCAUGGAGUGGAACA